UUGCUGACCUUCCUCGGCACUUACAAAUUGAACUGAUAAGUCAGCAAAAAAUCCGGUGGAGCCGAGAUUCAGUACUGUUUAAAACUGAUAAAUCAGAUAAAUCAAUUUUUUAACUGAUAAUCGUCAAUAUUAGAUGCCGAGAACCCACCGUAACAGUACUUUCCCGAAUAUCAGUUGAAGAAAUGCCGAGAUAUCGGUUUUUGCAAUGCCACAUGCCGAGAUUCAGCAAACCAUCUGUCAAACGCCGCCAUAUUGUUUUUGAUUAAAAGUAAGAUUUCAGUGAAUGUGCUUUUGUGCCGAAAAAGUUCUCAAAAAGUAGUGAAAAUGGAACAAUUACUGGAAAACCUGAAGCAGGAGGAUGUGAGACUUUACGAAAUCUUCAUCAGAGAGGAAAUAACGGAUGUGGAAACAUUUUCAUUACUCGACAAUAACGAUUUUGUGAGACUUCAACUGACCACCAAAAUGAUCAAAAUCAUUCAAAAGUAUCACAAACUACUGGAAAACGAUAUCAAUGUUGAAGAACCUACUAAAAACGAGAAGACAACUGAAUGUGACAACAAUGCAACAUGCUCUAAUUCUACAGAAGACUCGACUUUGCUCUCGACGAUAAGUCUCGAGAAGGAAAUCGACGUCGGCAUUUUGUUCUCACAAACUGAAGACGGUAAGAGAAUUCAAGAGAUUUUGUCUGAGGGAUGCAAGCCAACAGAAAAUGUCAUCAAAAGUAUCAAUCACAUUCUAUGCAACUACCUGGCAACAACAUACGGCGUGCGUCCAUCGACGUUUUAUAAGGAAAUGCUCGCUCGUUCCCUGGUGACGACGUAUCCUAUUCUGGCUUCGACCGUGUCUGAGGUUCCUCACGCACUAUGGUUCCAUAAAAACGCUCGUGGUGAUGGACGACAUGCGGGAAAAAUUCACUAUAGAAUGGAGUUACUCGCGAAGAAAUCAGAUAACCGUGUUAUCCAUCGACAGAUCAAUGACAAUCAAGCUCCAUCUGUUUCGAAGACCGUAGAAGAUGGUCGUGUUGAACCAAACAUUGAAGAUCUGGUACAAGAACUGCAGUUUGCUGUACCUUCGGAGCAAACAAAAUCGAGAAUCAAAGAAUUGUGGAAGCAGACUUUGAAGUAUCGCAACGAGAGACGCGUAGAAGAGACAUUCCUUGAGUUCAUGGACGAUUUCCCAGUAGCAUCUGCAUUUGGUGGAGAGUUGAUUGAUAUUGAUUUCAAAUUAAUGAGGCCCAAUGCUGCUCCAUUCGAUGACAUGUGGAAUGUGAUCCAACCAAAGAUUUUGGAUCAGUAUCGUGACGUACACCGAUAUAUAAAACGAUCUAAUCAAGUCGCUUACCGUGGUGCGUGA